AUGGCAACCAAAACCCUUCUCUUCCUCUUCUUGUCUCUCUUCUCUCUCCUCCAGCAAAACGUUUCCACUGCACAAAAUGUUAACGCUGGCUACUGGUUCCCUGACAGUGGACUGGCGGCCUCCGACAUAGAUUCAACCCUCUUCACUCAUCUCUUCUGUGCCUUUGCCGAUCUUGAUUCCCAAACCUACCAAGUCACAGUCUCCUCCUCAAACACCUCCCCAUUCUCUCUCUUCACACAAACUGUCCAGCUCAAAAACCCCUCUGUUCAAACCCUUUUAUCCAUUGGUGGUGGAAACUCUGAUACAACAGUCUUUGCUUCAAUGGCUUCCGAUUCAACCUCUCGAAAAGCUUUCAUUGAUUCUUCAAUUAAACUGGCCAGAGAUUAUGGGUUUCUUGGUCUAGACUUAGACUGGGAAUACCCCCAAUCAGCGCUGGACAUGGCCAACUUGGGUUUACUUUUAAACGAGUGGCGGGCGGCAGUGGCCACCGAGGCAGGAAACUCCGGCAAGCCACCGUUGCUUUUAACAGCCGCAGUCUCAUAUGCACCAACAGUUAAUGGAUUGAAUUACCCAAUUCAAUCUAUAUCAAACGGCUUAGAUUGGAUUAAUCUCAUGGCCUAUGAUUUUUAUGAUCCAACAAGGUCUGAUGUGACUAGAUCACAUGCGGCACUGUAUGAUCCAACAGGUCAAGUUAGUGGGAGUUAUGGGAUUGGAGCUUGGAUUCAAGCUGGAAUCUCUGCAAACAAGCUGGUUUUUGGGUUUCCAUUUUAUGGGUAUGCCUGGCUUCUGGUAAAUGCUAAUAACCAUGGUCUCUAUGCUCCGGCUAACGGGCCGGUAGGUUCCGGGAAUGGCGCGAUUACUUUCCAGCAGAUCGAGGCGUUCAUAACCAAUAACAAGGCCACAACUGUGUACAAUGGUACAAUAGUUUCAGAUUAUUGCUAUGCUGGAACGACAUGGAUAGGUUAUGAUGAUACCCAAACUAUUUCCACCAAGGUUUUGUAUGCUAAGCAGAGAGGAUUGCUUGGUUACUUUGCUUGGCAUGUUGCUGCUGAUAACAAUUGGGUCCUUUCACAACAAGCUCAACAAGCUUGGGGAUCAAAUGCUUCCAGGGAUCAAGGAAAAUGAGGACGAUGAUUAGU